AUGAAGCGACUUGCUCUGGAGCACGUGACAGAUUUUGGCGAUUUUACCCAAGGUAGAGAUUUAAGUGAGUUUUUAAAACAGAACCAUUCAAAUGUUCAUCGGAAGAACUGUCUGUCUGACAUUCGGAUUAGUCCGGACGGGCAGCACAUUCAUGCCAUUCUUCGUACACCAAAGACGGGUCUGAUGACUUUUGAUAAAUAUCAGAGGUUUCAGUUGAUACAAAGCCAAAAACCGCUGGAAUUGGGCUUGACCAGGACUGCACCCGUUUCGGAUGUUGUUUACUUGGACUGCAGCAGCAGGGACGGCGGUGGUUCCGCCGUGCUGACGGUGGUAUUCGAAAACGGCAAAGCCGAAUUCUGGAAAUACUGGGAGCGCCGAGGCGGCUGGCAUUUCCUGCAGGCAUCGGAUCUGUGCAACAGUCCGACAGCGAAAGUUGUUUCUGUUUGUGCGAGCGCCGGUUUCAUUGUCUGGUGCGAGGAGAGACCCCCGUCGGAAAGCUCCUCAGUCGUUAAUGCAACUCGUAACAGCCUCAGGUACUGUAUAUGCAAGCGUGCCUAUGAGGUCGAGGAGGGAGGUGUCUGUUUGGGAGGAGUGAAGAUCACUUUGCACAACAAUCCCUGUUACAGGGUCAUUGCCUCAGGGGACAGUGUUUACCUGGUGCCAGAUGUAAAGGAUAAUUCCCUCAACACCAUCUCUAAAGUCUUCCUCAGCUGGUCACCAGAGCAUGGAACAGUUACGGUCAACAGUGCCUGCAGGGGGGCCAUCCUGAGGAAACCCUCCCUAAUGUGCAAGGAGUCCGACUUCAAAAAGCUGAUGGUGGACUGCAUUGGCAUGCUGUCGGUCAUCAGCCCCCCAGAGAUUUGGGCCUUCGCCCCCUCAGGGUGCGGCGGGCUCCUGCUCUUCCUCAGCUCCGGCUGGGUGGCCCUGCUGCAGAAGGACGGCGUCCUGCGGCAGGUCUACAAGCUGGCGGAUGACUGCUCAGCCAUCGGGGGCAGCGUGGCACACACCAGCAUGGCUGUUUACGGUGACGUGCUGGCCCUCGCCGCAGAGAGGACCCUGUAUCUAGUUGAUGUCCGCUGUGGCCUGGAGCUCCAGAGGAUCCCGCUUAAGAGGGAGGGGGUCCUCUUUGUGAACCAUGGCGACAGGGGCGUCCCGUAUCUGCUGUCGGAGGCUGGGCUGUUUGUGGUCAGAGAGGGCGACGGGCCCGUCUCCAGGUCUAGGCCGUCUGGACAGCCCGAGCGCCUCCAGCCUGGCGCCCUGCUGAUGGAGGCCAUCUUUGAAGAGGCCUGCAAGUACUACCAGCAGAGAAGCCUGAGCGGCAACCAGCUGACGGUGGAGAAGCUGAAGAGCGGAGGCAUGUUCCAGGCCCCCAUUGCGCUGUCGUCCAUCCUGGGGGACUACCUGAGCGGCCGCAGGGUAGGCGAGCAGGGCCAGGAGGCCGGGGGCCACGCCAAGCUGUUGAGCUCGCUGGACACCGAGCUGAAGAGCUUGGUGGCCCUGGAGGAGCUGAAGGCCUCCGUAGUGGGGGCCUCAGAGAAGGACCUGGAGGGGCACUGCGAGAGCCUGGUGCACAAGGAGGUAGGUCGGCUGCUGGGCUCGGAGGUGGACCGGGAGAGCGUCCUCUACCUGAACACCAUCUUCACCGCGUUCCCCUCCCAAGCGUGGCGGGCGCUUCAGGCAGUGCUGCAGCUCGGGGCCAAUGGUGACGGCUCCCUCUACUCCAGGACCCCCCCAGAGGUGUGGAAGGUGGUGCUGAGCCCUGUCCCAGCCCCUGCCCAGUGCCCCGGGGCGGGCAGGCAGCGGGACCACACCUCUGCCCCUGCCAACAUGGCAGUGCCUGUCUUUGAGCUGGUCUGUCGCUUGGUGUUCCGCUUCCAGCCCAGCUGGCUGCCCAGGUUUGUGGAGCUGGCCCAGCAGCAGCAGCAGGCAGGCGCCUCCUCACCCUGGGGCUACGGGGCGAAGGAGAGCCCAGAGAGCGCGCCCCUGUACAAGCGGGCGCUCUCGGCCCUCCCGGAGGGUAGCGAGUUCCGGGACUUGGAGGUGGAGCUGCUGCUGGGCAGCCAGAGACCCAAUGCCAUCAUGCAGGCCCUGCGCAUCCUGAUUGACCUGCAGCAGUGGGGGCGGGUCACCCAGGUGGCGGAGAGGUUCUGCCGGCAGAGCCCCCUGCUCAACAAGGAGAUCUUCACUGCCCUGCUCUGCGAGGUCUCCCAGCACCGUGACCUGGACUCGUACCUGGACCUGCUGUGGACCCUGUGCCCUGACGACCUGACAGUGACCAGCAUCCUGAACAUUGUGCUGAAAAGCCUCCCCUCGCCCACGCCAGAUGCCAGCCCCUUCCAGGCCCGUGGCGGGCAGCUCACCAUAGGCCUUCUGAAGCCCCUCCUGAGCAGGGUGCUCCAGCGGGAGACCAAGCCUAGCCAGAGGUACGCGGACAUCCUGCAAUCCCCCUCCUUCCCGCCCCCGACCCCUCCGCGGCAGGCCAGGGGCAUCCCCAGGGCCAUGACCGAUCCGGCCGUGGCUCACAUGGACUGCAAGCAGAGGACUGGCUCUGGGACCAGGGUGACGUCACCAUCCCAUCUCCUGUGAGCCCCCCCCUCCCCGCAGUGUGGGGGAGAUAAACAUCAUUCUCAGUGCUGGCAGGGAGUUCCUCUCCCGGCCUUUAAAUCUUGGAGGGCUGGGAAUGGUUAAGCCUUGCACAGA